GUCGGGCCGAAUUGGCAAUUCACCACAGCUGCAUUAUCGACUCACGAAGAAAUGCCAAAUAUCCGUGUUCUACGAGACAACGCUGUGCGGAAAGGCGUGAAGGCGCACGAAAUCGUUCGCCGUGCAUACCUCUAUGUCGCACGCAACCAGACGCUUCCCUCGCCCCUGCGCUACCAGGCCAUGCUGCAGCUGAACAACUUUGGCCGAUAUUCUCGUCCGACGGUGGUCAAGAGCCGGUGCACUGUCAGUGGGAGGGGUAGGGGGAUUAUCAACGAGUUUGGACUGUGUCGUUAUCAGUUCAGGUUAAAAGCGCUCAAGGGAGAACUUCCAGGCGUAUCCAAGGCAUCGUGGUGAUAGUCGAUUGGGGUAGACGAUACAAUUCAA